GCGUCAGCAGCAUGGGCAGCGACUUGCUGCUGAUGCUGCCGCUGCCGGGGAAGGCGAGAGCAGCAGCAGCAGCAGCACCGCUGCAUUUGUUUUUGUCCUUUUUGCUGCUGUCGCUGCUGACGGGAGGCAGCAGCAGUUUGCUGCUGUUUGUGUACAGCCAGAAGGCAGUGCGAGCAGCAGCAGCAGCAGCAAACGCAUGCAGUCGCCGCUGCCUGGGGCUGGAGCUGCUGCUGCAGCAGCAGAAGCAGCAGCAGAAACAGAAGCAGCACCUGCUGCUCCUCGCAGAGCAGCAGCAGCAGCAGCUCGCCGCAGCCGCAGCGCCACCGCCAACAGCAGCAGCAGCAAGAAGCAGCAGCAAACCAGUAUUUGCUUCGGGAAGAGCAGCAAAGAUGAAAAACGGCGAUGCAGCAAUCCCCCUUGGGAGGAGACGCAGCAGCAGCAGCAGCAAGCAGCAGCAGCAAGCAGCAAGUCGCUGCUGCACAGGCUCAGCUCUGCAGCAGCAGCGGCCCUGCGCGUGGCCCCAGCGGCCAGCAGCAGCAGCAGCAGCAGCAGCUCGCUGGGGUCUGUGCUGCCUGUGGGGGGCUGGCGUUUGCUGCUGCAGCAGCUGCUGCAGCAGCUGGGGCUGGUUGUGUCUCCCUUCGUGCUGCACCUGACAACAGCAGCACAGGUCCUCUCCACUAUUGCCAAGCUGGACCCCGCAGACCCCACACUGCAGCAGCAGCAGCAGCAGAGCUGCCAGUCGCCUAAGAAAACUGUAAGCAGCAGCAGCAGCAACAGCAGCAGCAGCCGCAGCAACAGUGCGGCAGCGCGCCGUAGAUGCUGA